AUGGCUUCUAACAAGACUGUUGUUCUCAUUACCGGCGCCAACAGCGGCAUUGGCUACGAGACCGUCCUCGCCCUCUCAGAAGCGUCGGCCGAAUUUCAUAUUUUCCUUGGUAGUCGAUCGAUAGAGAAAGGUCAAAAGGCUUUGGAAAACUUACAACUGGCUCAUGGCGGUUCCUUAAAGGGCUCGAUAUCGGUACUGCAGAUCGAUGUAACCAACCAAGAUUCAAUCCAAGCGGCCAAAGAACAAAUCAAUACCCAAUUCGAAAAGUUGGACGUGUUAAUUAACAACGCAGGCGUCAUCGUCUACCAGCAAGUCGACAAGCUAACCGCCCUCCGCCAGGCCUUCGAGACCAACGUCUUCGGCCAAAUGAUAGUGACGGAAACCCUAGAGCCGCUUCUCAAGAAGGCGAUUAAGCCAUACAUCAUAUACGUCUCAUCCGAGCAGGGUUCCAUAACCAAACGACUUGACCCGAACUUCGAACAUCGCGCGAUACGGGGCGAGUCGUAUCGCAUGAGCAAGGCAGCUCUGAAUAUGUUGGUGGCUUGUCAUAGAUAUAACUACGCUGAGUGGGGAUGCAGAGUCCUGGCUUUCAACCCGGCCUGGUGCGUUACCAACUUGACCGGCGAACAGGGCCGCGAGAUGCGUCUUAAGGGCGGUGCGCGGAACCCGAGGGAGCCUGCUGCUGCGCUUGUCGAUAUUGUUCUGGGGAGGAGGGAUGGGGAUAUUGAGAUGAAUGGGAUGGUGGAUGUUGAUGGGGGUGUUUUGCCGUGGUAGAGCUUUGUCCCUCGGUGAUGGUAGAAAUCAUUUUGCGCAUCUGCUUGGGGGUUAACUUUAGAAAGCGGCGUAGCUUGAUAUGACCUGUUGCUAGGCACUUUUUAGUGGCCGAGCUCACUGUAUUCAGGC